GGAGGUUUCUGUUCGCAUAAUAUUUUGCAGAUUGAAAACAAAAAAGGAGUCUGUAAUCACUCAUCAAAUAUUUGGUCCUCGUCAUCGACUCACGUCUGAAAAUGAAACUCUUUUUCAUUAACUCGGAACGGAACGUAAGUAAUUAUUUAUUGACACAUUUUAUUUGUUAUUUAUGACGAUGUUUCCGAUAGGUCGCAAUAAAUGUCUACAGGGGAGAUGUUGCCUAUUUCUUCGUGGACACCUUUCCAAAUUAAGCCUUUUUGAAGGAGUUUCCUAACGCUGGAAAGUUUCUUGAACCGAAUGCGAAAUGUUGUUGUCCAGAGAAGAGGCGUUUUCUUUCGCCGGGAUUUUAUUGGUCGUGUUCGUUUGUGGUCUCGUGGGUAACUUUCUUGUCUGUUUGGCGAUUUACUUCGACAAAGAUCUUCGCCAACAACACUCGAACUACUUUCUUUUUAACCUCGCCGUGACUGAUCUUCUAACUGUGGUCUUUGUGAUCCCAUUUUGUGCUGCGGCGCUGAUUCAAGGGGAUUGGAACUAUGGUGAUGCGUGGUGUCAAGCAACAGCUUUUGUUUACUACAGCUUGGCAAUCGUUGGCCUUGAAAGUUUAGCGUUCAUAAGUUGGGAUCGAUUUUAUGCCAUAAUCUAUCCCCUUAAAUACAGGGGGAAGGUAACACCGAGGAGAAUUUAUGCAGCCGUUGCGUUCAGUUGGAUGUGGGCCUUUAUUUUUACAAUCCCCUGCGCAGCCAUGGGUUGGUUUAGAUAUGGAGAAUACGAAUCUAUGUGCACUUAUAACUUCACCGGUACAGGCAAUGAGUGGAAAAUACGGGUCUUAAUUUACAGCGUUCUUACAAUUGCACUGUGUAUCAUAAUUCCAUCGACUGUGAUACUCUUUUGCUACUUUCGAAUAAUCUCCGUAGUGCGACAUCAAAACAGACGAGUGAACACCAUUACUUCGAGAGAGAUGACGAAUUCUAAAAAUUCGCGGCGCCAAGCUUGGAGAAGCUGUUACAGAUUUAAAGGUUUCCGAACAAUAACUGCGGUUAUAAUUUUGUUUAUUAUUUCGUGGACUCCUUUUAGUGCAACACGCUUUAUUAAAACGGUUGCAUGGAACCAUGAAAUUAUUCCCGCUGUGGCAGAUACAUUUGCAACUGUGCUGUCUUUGUUUAGCACAGCCGCCAAUCCUUUAGCGUACAGCCUCUUGAGAAGGGACUUCAGAAGAGCUUUUAAAAGGCUUCUUAGACAAAUAUGCUGUUGUGUUAAAAGAAGAGUAGAUGAAAACGAAGAGUAGAGUAAAGACCGCGAAAAGGGACGUGGCAAAACAUUUUGAUAGUUACAAAUGGAAACACAUGAGAAUGGAAAAAAAAUUGUUUCGUGGACGAACGUUCAAGAUAGUGCGUUGUUUGAAACGCAGAAUAGAUGAAUACGAAAAGUGUGAAAGUAGGACUGCAGGACAGUGAAUCUCUGCGAUUAUUUCAACUGGUCAGGGGAUCUUCAAAACCUUUAAUCAAUAAGAAUAUGUGGUACAUUUAAGAGAAGUGAAAAUCGAAACUUGUUUUAAUCGUAGUUUCAGUUUCUCCUUAAUUUAUUUGAAACGCCAUUAAACCAACUUGACUCUAAAUAAAUCACCUAAGUUGACUUCAAGCGCACAAAACCAUUUUUAAAUAUUAAUGAAGUACUGUAGACACCUUUAAUGGUGACUGUAGCUGUGAAUGAAACUUUAAUUUUCUUUGUUAGCUUGAAAAGAAGGGGAAGGGCCGCAUGAGUUUGAAGUAAACGCAUUUCUUUAGCAAGCUGCAAGUGUUAAGAGCUCUCUUUAGGAAUAACACCAGUUGACCAUUUUGUCCUCUUGACUUUCGGGAUGGUAGAAAUAAAUUCAAGUACGACAUGC